AUGAAGGAGAUGCUUUUGUUGAUGAGCAUCAUGGUUCGAUUUGUCGCGGCGGAAGUUUUCCUCGGCAACGUCGACGAGCCAAUUCCUAUAUUAGACGUGUCGGCGGUGGCUGGCUUCAAAGCUGAAAUACCUUGCAACAUUGAUCCUCCAACGAAAAGCGAGGUGGUGAGCAUGGUUUUUUGGUACAAAGGCGAAAGCGAUGGCGAACCGGUAUACAGCGUGGACGCUCGCGGCAGAUCGAUAGCUCAGGCGAAGUUCUGGUCAGAUUCAUACGUAUUCGAUGAAAGGGCAACUAUGAGGACAAACGUGAAUCCAGUGAAAUUGGUGAUCGAUCCCUUGGAAGCGAACGACGCGGGUGUGUACAGGUGCCGGGUGGACUACAAAAAUAGUCCAACAAGAAACCAGAUGGUUAACCUCACUGUGAUAGUGCCACCAGACAAGCCUGUGAUUUAUACCGGCGCUGCUAGAAGUUUGGCUAAGAUACUGCAGCCCUUCAACGAGGGUAGCGACUUGUCCUUACUGUGCGAAGUAAUAGGGGGUUCACCACCGCCGAAGGUCACAUGGUACAUCGACGGGGAAAUACUGGACGAUACGUACACGCUGGAACACGGGGACAAUACGAUAAAUCGGCUUGGUGUCACGAAAGUGACUAGGGACUUCCUCAGGGCUAGGCUAAUUUGCCGGGCCACCAAUACGCAACUCAUCUCUCCAUUGACAGCCGAGGUCAUUUUAGAUGUUAACUUGAAACCGUUGGUAGUAAAUAUUACGAACAAGGAAAUACAUUUGUCGGCACUAAAAACGUACGAAAUCGAAUGCGUCAGUUCUGGCUCUAGGCCAGAGGCAGUGAUCACCUGGUGGAAAGGCAGCCAUCAGGUGAAAGAUAUGGCCAGAAAUUUUGCAGAUAGUCCAAACAUUACGAGAAGUGUGUUGAGUUAUGUACCGACUAUGGAGGACGACGGAAAGGAUUUGACAUGUCGGGCUGAGAAUUCAGUUGUACCUGAUAGCGCAUUAGAAGACAGAUGGCGUCUGCAAGUCCAUUAUUCACCAAUAGUGACAAUCAAGCUAGGUUCGAGUUUAAGGGCAAACCAUAUAAACGAAGGCGACGAUGUCUAUUUCGAAUGCGACGUUCAAGCCAAUCCGAAGGCAUACAAGCUUGCAUGGUUCAAGGAUGGCAAAGAAUUGCAUCAGAACGCGAUCGCUGGAAUUUUUCUUCCCAGCGGGCAAUCUCUCGUUUUGCAAAACGUGACUAGAAAUUCCGCCGGCGAAUAUUCUUGCACGGCGACCAAUAUCGAAGGAAAAUCCGCCAGCAGACCAGUGAAACUCGAGAUAAUGUACGCACCGAUCUGCAAGGACGGCUCUUCCACUCAAGUGGUCGGCGCCUUAAAGCACGAGACGAUAUCGCUGGUCUGCGGAGUACAAUCGAAACCGCCACCGACGACUUUUCACUGGACGUUCAACAAUUCGGGGGAACUGAUGAGCGUGCCGUCCAAUAGAUUCACGCAGGUGAAGCCUCUGACUCGGAUCACAAGCCAUUGGCAUGGGUCCAGACUAAAUUACACGCCGGAGAAUGACAUGGACUACGGGACGGUCGCCUGCUGGGCCAAAAACCGGAUAGGGGUGCAAAAGACGCCCUGUCUUUUUCAGAUCAUCGUGGCCGGGAAGCCGUAUCCCCUUCAGAACUGCACGGCUCUACAGUCAACCGGACCCUAUGCGAAUCGAAUGGGUCUUGAGGAUUUUAAAGCCACCGACUCGCGGGACGCAGAUUGGUUGAUCGUCAGAUGCUCUGAGGGAUUCGAUGGCGGUCUGCCCUUGACUAAUUACGAGCUCGAAGUCUACAGCGAAGAGAACGUUUAUCAUGUCAACACCGUCUACUUGAACCACACAGAGAGAUCCAGCUCAUCAGGUCCGGUUUUCGAGGUUCCUGGUCUGGAGCCUGGUCGUAACUACAGACUUCAUUUGUACGCUGUCAAUGCUAAGGGACGAAGCGAUCCUGUCGUCCUCGAGCCGGUCACGCUCAAAGGAGUCGCCAUGUACACUACCGAUGGUCGCGGAACUGUGAGCGAGAGCACGGACUACAGCCUCUUCGUCGCUUGUUUCGCUGGCGGGAUAACGGCCGUGUGCAUUCUGAUUUUCGGGAUAACUUUGACCUUGUAUCGUCGUACCCAUCCGGCUCAGACGAUGAAGGCGCAGACCGAAGUCGUCCAGUACAGGAGCAAAGAAGAUGGGGCGAUAGUAGCGCCGAUUAACAAAGAUUCCAGGGACGAGGUCAAGAGUCAGAUGUUCGCCGAUAUGCCCGACGACGAUCCGGAUGUGAUCCCAAAUAAAGUGGACAAGAGACCGGAUAUAUUCGAGCCGAAUUACGGGUCCACGAAGCCGGAGAGGACGAAGGAUUUCAGCCGCCUGGAGGACCUCGAUUAUCCGUCACCCUCCUCGGUUUUGCAUACAAAAGACACCUGGAUCUAUCCGAACGGAUGCGUGGAGAAAGUGGAAAAAAGUCUGAGUCCGAUGCGACCGAGCACGCUCCCGGUUCAUCGCACACUCGAUAUUUACACGAGAAGUUCGCGAGUUCAAGAAAGUUGUAUAUAG